AUGGCAGAGCCUGCCAUCUUUAGGCUUCCAGAUCCUGGGGACGGUGAGCUUGAGGACAGAGAGUCCGAGUCAGAGGCCGAGGAAGCUCCCAGGUCUGCAGGUGCCCUGCGGACUGUUCGAUAUAGGGACAGACUUCGAAAUGCUUCCCGUGCAGAGGUUUUGUUUCUGUAUGCGAAAACCUGUGGCGACGAAUCAGAAUCUCUGGGCACCGCUGCUGCAGGGAAUUAUUUGUUUUGUGUUGCUGAGCUUGGGGGAAAAUGCAUCAAGCCGUUGGGUGCCCAAGAGCACUUGCAGCAGCAAGAUACUUGGCGAGCUCGGCGUCAGAAACGUCGCGAUCGAGAUUUCGCCGCUAAGCAGAUGUCCCUCCAGAACCAGACAACCCGAAACCAGAUGUUCAAGUGCUGUUUGAAGUCUCUUUUUCGUUUCAGGGCAGCUGUCCAGUUGGGGCCUGCCCAGGCUGCAGUGGCAGGUGCCUGGUGCCGGGCACCUGCAGCUGCUAACCAGGGUGCGGUGACUCCUGUUCCUGCGAUGCCCGCCUUGGCUGGCAGGUUGGCGGUUUUGCCUGCAGGGCAAGCGCAAUGGGUUUUUCAAGCUGCUGCGCCAAGCGUCAUCUUCGAAGCCGUUGCAGAUCGCCAGGGCCUUUACACUUGCUUUGCAGACGGACAGGCGGCGGAGCCUGAAGUAGGCACUGCGAGGCGUUACCUAGGGCGUCCUUUCUGGAUGGUUCGCUUGCCACCAACUGUCAUGAAGCAUUUGAUGGAGAUAGGCAAGGAGUUCGUGGUUCCUGGUGGGCUUGUGACUUCUUUGGGGCACCAGUUGCCCGGAACCGUUCCUGCUGCGGCAGAAGGAAGCCCCAGUGAUGGUGCCGACAGUGGUUCCUCUUCCUCCUGCGAGAUGAAGAAAGUGCGCAGGCCGGCCAUGCAAGAAAUCCUGUUGGGAAAGCUCGCUUACAAGCUCAGCUCAACGGUAGGCAUUCAAGAUGUGGUUCGCACCGUCCUUCGAAUGUUAGUGCCAGAUAGUUUAGGUCUGGCAGACAACAUGAAAGUGUCGCAUGGGCAUGUGCGGAAUAUCUUGCUAAAGCUUGAUGCCUUGCAUUCCUUGUCUCGCCGGUUCCUUGCCCCACCAGGUGGUGGGGCAGACAAGUCGCUGCGAAUUGUCAGGUACAUCAGUCCUGACAGUUCCCCGCAAGCGAAUUAUGAUUAUUUUUGUGCGACAGAAGAGUUGCUGCUCUAUCGUUCCGACGAGCUUCCAAGGGAUGCGGGUGGAAAUGUAGCUCCUUUCAAAGGGUUUGAACACCAGAGGCGUUCGAUGUUGUGUACAACAAUUGCGAGAGGACAAGGAAGCACAGCUUCGAAGGCAAGCAAGAUGGUACAUAUGAUUGCCGUUGAGAGUGGUGCGUCUCUCUUUGAGACGUAUCGUUCGGAAGUUCGGGGCUUCUUAAGCGAUCAAGGAACGGAGCGAGGCAUAGCAUCGUUUCCAGUCCGCAGUUGCUCUGAGGUCCAGAGUAUUGUGGGCGCUCAAGCUUUGGCGAGCGAGGCAAUACAGGAGGAUUUUCGUGAAUUGCCGCUCUUUCAUUCCGCUCUACACAUACCGGGAACACUACACAUAGUGUUUAACGCACUGGAAUUCAGCUUGAAGCAGCUUGAAACCUGGCAAAAAUUCGAGAAACAGUUGAACAGCAUCACCCGUGUGUGCAAAGAAAAGAGUUACUCAGAAGUAAUUCUUGUGAGAAUGAUGAAGCAUGCGAGCCCCGAGGAGAGACGGUUGUUGCAUCGGAUGGAUGACCUCUUAGACUGGAGGUGGGAUUCGCUCGCAAGAGUGCUGAAGGUUUGGGUUCCUCUAUAUCCCACCUUCAAGAAAUAUUGGAACCCAGCUGUUUUUGGUGGGGACAGCUCGUCAGUCACAAUUCGAGCUGUGACGGAAGCGUUGGCAGACGAGUGCCAUUUCGACAUGGCAGUGUGGACGCAUCAGUUCUCUGCCGAGGCCACCAGGCUGGCCCACUUUUUCGAGGGUUGUCACUGCCAUCAGGAGCAGCUGACAGACCCAGAAAACCGGGAAAAGAUAAACUGUUGUUGGAAAGGCAGGCGCUUGCCUUGGCUUGCGGUUGGUAAUCUCCAGGGAGCUUUGCAAGAUGCCAUGACAAACAACGAGAUUAGUGUUCUUGCGCAUCUCUUGUCUCGUUCUAGUGAAACUGCAAGUCGGAUGGCGCACAUGGCGGACACGUGCAACAAAGUAUUUGUUGCCGUUAUCCAGCAAAAGCUUGCGUAUGCUCAGCAAGUACCAUGGGUGUUUGCCGCAGCGUUUGCGGGGUAUAUGGGCGAGACUUGGGGCCGAGUGAAAAAGGUUCUUCGGCCACAUCUUCAGAACGUUGACAACAUGAUCUCCAGUGGCCAAGUCGGCGCUCUAGACUCUGUUACACAUGCUUUGUUUGGACCAACCGACACAGGCCGCAUGCUCCGAGAGUUUCUGAACUCGGAGGAUGACGUGCCCCUUGAUCGAUGGCCAGCGUUGUUUUGGAGAGUACAGGAAUAUGCCUUUGUUUCUUUGUCCGAGCGACACACGGAGAGAGAGCAUGUCGGUGUCAAGGUUGCAGCAAACCGUGGUCUCACAAAGGCUGGGCCUGCAGUUGUCUGCAGCCGCAAGCGCAGAGAUCAAGUGUUGGAGAUGCUGGAAGAUGAGAAACAGCUCGCUUUCUUGGUCAACAAUUGGCGCAGCAGGCGCCUUUGGAGUAGCCUGCUGGAGCACAUGCUCACUCACGAAGAGGUUCGACUUAUGGAGACGCCAAAGAGGCUUUCCCGCUUGUACGGGUAUAGCGAGGAAGACCACUUCAAAGAUUGCGAGGACUCUGUUCGUGCUGAUGCCGUUUACCGCCAAACUUUGAGAGAUCAGACUUUGUUACUGGCCGGAAGCUUCAAGCUUCCGAGUGCUUCCUACCAGGUAGUGAACUGGCUGAAAGGCCAUUUGGCGACGGGCGUGUUUUUCAGUGUGUCCACGCAUGUCUUUGAGCUACUUGUCGACAGGGGUCGGAGAUGUGAAGACCCAGCCGCAUCCUUCAGAACCGACGUGCUGCUGUCUAUUCUGCGAGCCGACGUCCACCCUCGGGUAAGUGAUCGUGCUUCGGUUUUCUGCUCGGUGCUGGAUGCCAGGCCAGAAGCAAGAACGGAUGCUCGUGUUUCGCGACCUGCUGCACACAUCACAGACCCGAAGCUAGGCCGCCGCAGCUGUGUGGUUGUGCAGCGUUUCCACGACGUGGAUGUUUCCCAGGGCGUGCACGGCCUUGGUGGAGAUGUGCGGGUGGCGUGCACGAAUGUGCGGAUCGAGGUUCUCGACUUGGCACGGGUGUGCACAGCAGAGAACUUGAAAGCCUUUUGUGCAAACUGUUUGCUCUGGCGUGCUAUGCCUGCGGAACUGGCCUUGGCUCUGGGAGACGAGUCCACGCAGCCAGGUUUGCUGCAGGAGCCGCAAGUGCAGAAACUUCCAGAGAUUGUCUUAGACAGCGAUCCUGCCUGCUUGUUGAGUCGACCGCCUCCGGAUCCGCAUGUGGAAGAUGCCCUCGACAUCCUGCACCCCCCUGCCCAUGUCGUGCAGAAUGCGGACGACUCUGCGGUGCUGCAGGUCUACGGUGCUCCGUGUAGCGACCGAGAAAUGCAAGCUAUCAAAGAGUUGCUGCGAGCAAGGGCCAUCGGCAUUGAAUCUGCUGUGUAUGCCACAGACCUUGAACACUUCGAUGCUGUUGCACUGGAAGGCUUGCGUGACCGAGGUCUUGUCAUCUGCGAGACUGAUAUGUUCUCAGAUGUAUCCGUCGCCUUGACGGGCAAGUUGACCUACAGUGCAAGCUUGGUGCUGGCACGGCCAUUGUUGCUUUGGGAGCUUGACCAAACGACUUUGACUCGAGGCCAGAUGCCAGGCCGAUCAAAGUUGGAGUUAAUUCGUUUGUUGUUUGUCUUGGGCUGGGAGCCAGGGCUGGGCCGGGAAGCGUGGCAUCGCAAGCAGGGAGAGAAACGUCUUCCAGAUGACGUUCUAGUUUGCAGCCUCCCCUUCCUCAGAGCUUUGAUGCUGAGUCGGCUUAUAUGGGAAAGCCCCCAGCAGUAUUAUGAGUUCUUGGUGGAUCAGGACGAUCUCAGCAGCUUGCGGGAUGCUUCUGCAGAGGAAAUCAAUGCUCGGUUCGCGCAGAAGAAAAAAAGACCUGCUGGCCGCAGCUUGACAAGAGAUGCGGCUACAGGUCUGGAGCUUGACCCAGAGGCUGAUGAUGCCGAGUUAGAAGAGCUUGUGCAAGAGCUGCCUGAAAAGCUCAUGCAAGCAGAAGAGCCGCAGCCAAGCAUGGCCAGCGGUGGUAGACGUGUCGCUCCUCUAGAAAUCGACUUGGGAGGCGGACACGUGUUGGCUGACUGUGCUGCUUCCGUUUGCUGCAAGAGGGCCAAUGCAUUGGCAUUUCUCCCACUACGGUGGGUGCCGGUGGUCUACAACCAGUGGGGCGAGGCGCAGCUCCCACACCGGCCGCCUGCGCUGUUGCCGCCGCAUCCGCCGGCGGCGGCGGCCCCUUUUGCUGGCGCGGGUGCAGCCCACGGUGCAGCCACAGGUGGCGGUGUUGCUGCUAACCCCUCGGGGGCUGCAGCAAUGCCGGAUGAUAUCGUGGUGGUGGACCACGACCAGGAGAAGAAGAAAGAAGAAAAGGGUGGCAAAAAGGAGGAGGCUGCUCAGAAGCGCAAGAAGAAGAAGGAGAGCAGCUCUUCCAGCGGAGGCAACAGUGAGUCCUCCAGCAAGAAAGAAAAGCCCCGUGCAGCCCCCGCUGCCAAGGAGGCCAAGCAGGCACACGAGGCCCAGGCCGACGAGAAAGAGAGCGGCAAGGCCAAGGAGCCCAAGGAAGACAAGGAGGCGGAGGCGGCGGAGGGCGAGCCUGCAGCGCGGCCUGCGAGGAAGAACCGCAGCCGGCACUCAGCGGACGAGGCAGAUGUCGUUCGCUGCGAGCACUGCUGGAUGUGUGUGAAGAAAGAAGGCCUGCAAAGCCACCUGGAGAACAGCGAAUACUGCCGCCAGUGGCGGCUCCACGCCGCCGGCCAAAAUGUGGCCGGCCAAAAGCCUGCGGAAGAGCAGGCGAGCUCGGGUGCGUGCCAGUGCAGACACUGCUCACGGCAGUUCAUGCGCAGGUGGGACAUGCUGCAGCACUGCCUGGGCACGCACCCGAACUCCGACGAGGCUAAGGAAUGCUUGCAGGCCAUGCACAAUAAGCGGAAGAAGCAGCCAUCAAAGGAGGACCGGGCGGCUAGCAUGAGCCAACACAGGCCGCCGGUGCAGCUGCGGAGCAGGGGGCGUGUGGAGGAGCCGCCGCACAGACGUGGCCCGCGGCGUGAAGAGAGCCGAGAUGAUGAUGGCAGCCGUGGGCGGCGGAGAAGCCGUGGUGAGAGCCGCCAGAGCCGUGGCCAGGCAAGCUCUCGAGGCGGCGGCCAGGCAAGCUCUCGGGGGAGCCGCAAAGGCGGCGGCCAGGCAAGCUCUCGAGGGAGCCGCAAGAGCUCCCGCGGCAGCGAGCACAUGGACCGACGCUUCUCGGGCCGCUCCCGCAGCCGCAGGGCGAGCGAGCCUGCGGCAGGCUCCGGCCGCCGUGGGCGCGAUUCGCGGAAGGAGCCGACAGGGCAGCUAGGCCGCAGCAAAUCAUCGCCAAGGGAUCGGGCCAUGGUGGCGGGUCAGAGCCAGAGCCCUCAGAUCCCCCAGAUGAUGCUGGCCUUUUUCGAUGCCACCACGAAGAUGCUGGACAUGCAGCAGCAGUAG